UCUCGAGCGGUGAAAGAGAGAGGUGCGGACGCUCUCGCCUCGCUCACAUUCUCUCUCACUUUCUCUACGUUGGAAAAACCACAAGAAGAAGAAGAAGCAGAAGAAGAAGAAAAAGAAGAAGAAGAAAAAGAAGAAGAAGAAGAAGAAGAUGAGAGAGAGGAAGAAAAAGAGAGAAAAUAUAGAUAAUUGAGAGACAAAGAAAAACAAAAGUGAGAGAAAGUGAGAGAGAGAUAGAGAGAGGAAGUGAGUGAGAGAGAGAGAGAGAGAUAGAGAAAGAGAGCAAAUUUUCUCUCCUUCUCUCUCUCUUUUCUCUCACCAUGGGAAUUUUUACCUCCAAGAAGAAAGAAGCGUCCUUCGAGGGAGAGGAAAUAAGCUUCGACCACUUCCAAGUCUUGAGAGCCAUCGGUCGGGGGAGCUUCGGCAAGGUGUGCAUCGUGCAGAAGAAGGACUCCAAGCAGAUGUUCGCGAUGAAGUACAUGAACAAGGCGCAGUGCGAGGCACGAGACUCUACGCACAACGUCUUCCGGGAGAUCGAGAUUCUGGCCUCGCUCAACCACCCCUUCCUCGUCAACCUCUGGUACAGCUUCCAAGACGCGGAGGACAUGUUCACGGUGGUUGAGCUCCUCCUUGGCGGGGACCUUCGCUACCACCUCCAACAGGGCGUCACCUUCUCAGACGAGGCCGUGAGACUGUACGUUCUCGAGGUGGCCAGCGCCCUCGCCUACCUGCAUCAACGGAACAUCAUACACAGGGACAUCAAACCCGACAACCUUCUGCUGGACGAGGAAGGUCACGUGCAUUUGACCGACUUCAACAUCGCGGCCGUGGUCAGGUCAGGUCAGCUGGUCACCUCCAUCUCCGGCACCAAGCCUUAUAUGGCGCCCGAGGUCCUGGAGUGCGCCGCGGAGUGCCCUGGCUACACGUACUCUGUUGAUUGGUGGUCCCUGGGCGUGGCAGCGUAUGAGGUCAGGCGUGGGAAGCGGCCCUAUGACAUCCACAGUGCCACGCCCCUCGCUGACAUCCGCACCCUGUUCCUGAACCCACUUCGAUUCCCGGCCGACAGUCACCCAGGCCUUGUACAGCUUAUCAAUAGGCUUCUGACGGUCAACCCACGAGAGAGAGUUUCCAGCUUGGAGGAGGUUCAAGCUGUCCCCUUCUUCGGCGAGAUCAAAAUGGAAGAUGUCAUAGCAAAGCGGAUCCAACCCCCUUUUGUGCCUCCGAAGGACCACCUGAACUGUGAUCCAACGUACGAGCUUGAGGAGAUGAUCAUAGAAUCCAGACCCCUGCAUAAGAAGCGGAAGAGGUUAUCGAAGCAGAAAUCCCUCACACACACCUCGCAAUCUGGCAACACUGAGGCGGAGGAGGAGAGAUACGGAGGGAUGCUGGUCUUCAACAGGGAGAUGGAGGAGGCGAGGAAGGAGAGGGAGAGAAGGGAGAGAGAAUGGCAGGAAGAGUUGGAGGAGUCGAUGCGGCUGUCUGAUCCAACAGGCCAUGGUUGUUCCUUCAGCGGGUCACAAUGCAACACACCGGUCAAGAAGAGGUCAGGAGGUCACAAGGUCAAAGGGGGUAGGUCAGGUCACGCCCCCCCUUCGCCUCCCAUCACCCCCCCUCUCACCGUGACCUCAGAUGACCCCGCUCCAGUGACCCGGUGCUCCGUGACCCCUGCCAACGUGAGAGCGAGGAUUGCGGGGUCGCCCAAGGUCAAAGUGAGGGGGUCAACCGUUACCAUAGAGUCCCCGAGGUCAUCGUCAUCACUGAGCAAGGCCAGCACACAACAGCUCAAGGAGCGUCUGAAGGAAUUGCAAGCGGACCAGCGGCAGACCAAGCCCGACUCCGAGGCCUCUGACGUCACAAGGAGCGACGACGUCACGAGAAGCGAUGACGACACACUCAGCGGCAGCCAAUCACAACGCAGCUCCGGGAACCUGUCCACCGCCAACCACCAAUCAGAGGCCGAGUUGGAGUUUGCGGCGACCAAUCAGCUUCCAGAAUUGAGGAAAAUGACGAAAUAUGAAGAAAUGAAGGGAGAGGAAGAGGAAGAAGAGAGAGAAAUGGAGGUAAAAGGGAGAGAAAAGGGAGAGAAAGAGAGAGAGAAGGGAGAUAAGGAGAGAGAGAAGGGAGAUAGAGAGAGAGAAAGAAAAGGAGAGAGAAAAAAGGAUGGAGGAAAAAGAGAAAAGGAGGAGGAAGAGGAGAGAGAGUUACCUCCACCUCCUCCUUCCCCUCCUCCUCCUAUUCCUCCUCCUCCUCCUCCUCCUCCUCUUCCUCCUCCGAGUAAUAAUAAUAAUAAUAACAAUAAUAAUCAUAAUAAUAAUAAUAAAAUAAAUAAAAACGAAGAAAAGAGAAAUAGAGAGAAAAUGAGAUAAUAGCUUUUUAUUAUUAUUAUUAUUAUUAUUAUUAUUAUUAUUAUUAUUAUUAUUAUUAUUGUAGUAGUAGUUGUAGUAGUAGUAGUAGUAGUAGUAGUAGUAGUAGUAGUAGUAGCUUUCAUAUAUGCAAUUUAUACUACUGUGAGAGAGAGAGAGAGAGAGAGAGAGAGAGAGAGAGAGAGAGAGAGAGAGAGAGAGAGAGUAAUAAUACGCUCAAUUUUAUGACAAUCGUAUAAAUAUUAGGAAGAGGAGGAGGAGGAGGAGGAGGAGGAGGAGGAAGAAGAAGAAGAAGAAGAAGAAGAAGAAGAAGAGGAAGAUGAGAAAACAAAAACAAAAAGAAAAAGGAACAUCAAGAAGAAGAAGAAGAAGAAGAAGAAGAGUUUACAAGCAUUCACAUAGCAUAACAUAAUGUGUGUGUGUGUGUGUGUGUGUGUGUGUGUGUGUGUGUGUGUGUGUGUGUGUGUGUGUGUGUGUUCUUACUUC